AAAAAGUUGGGACACUUCGAACUUAGUUUCGUGCCAAUCCUGCCUGUUUGUCAAUGAUCCUGUUCUUUGUCCCAGCUCACUACGGCGAUCAAGUUAGCAGAGUUACCUGACUGACAUUUGACGCCGCUGGUCGUCUAUGGAUGACUUUGAGGAGUAUUUCUCAUUUAUUCAUGCUAUUUUUCAUAUUCAGCUUUGCCCAAACUUCUUUCAAGCGCCAUGCAGCACGACGUUUCCGACCCCGUCAGUGUCCAACUCGUAAUUGGUCAGUCUAAGGAACCGCCUAUGAUGGAGCAAUUCGAAUUUGAAGAUCAAGACAAGAAAUUUAGUUGUACAGAGUACCUACGUAGUGGUGAAUUUUCUCAGCUCGCUCAGAUGAUGGCUCACAGUGCGGAGGAAUUCGUUCGUCAUGUGUGGCUUCGUGGAUGGGAAGUGGUUCAUCAUCGAAGUCUUCCAGCCUGGUUAAAGGAUAAUGACUUCAUCCUCCGCUAUCAUCGACCCCAACUGAAUACUUUCUGGGCCUGCUUCAAGUCGAUUUUUCGUGUUCAUACGGAGACUGGAAAUAUUUGGACUCAUCUCCUAGGUUGCGGUAGUUUUUUUGCAAUCCUCAUCUACUUUGUGGUGCAAGAUCCCCUGAUGGUGCAAUGGCAAGACAAAGCGGUGUUCUCUGCAUUCUUCAUCGGGGCUGUCGUUUGCCUUGGCUUCUCAUGUCUCUUUCACACCCUAUCCUGUCAUUCGGAGACUAUUGGUCGUUUAUUCAAUCGGCUGGACUAUGCGGGGAUCGCCUUUCUCACAAUCGGAUCUUUUGUUCCUUAUCUUUACUACUCAUUUUACUGUAUGCUAUGGGCCAAACUAUUCUACACGACACUCAUAGGAGUUCUCGGCACGGCCGCCAUUGUCGUCUCCAUGCAUCGGUCUUUUACUUCCCCUGCCUAUCGACCCCUUCGUGCUGGAGUUUUUAUGGGUUUGGGCUUAUCCGGUCUGAUUCCGUGCAUUCAUACAACUAUACUGGACGGAUUUUGGCAUUCUGUGAAUAAGGGGUCGUUGGGUUGGCUAACUCUAAUGGCUUUCCUCUAUCUGAGCGGGGCCACUAUCUACGCUGUUCGCGUGCCGGAACGUAUUUUUCCCGGUCGUUUUGAUAUUUGGUUCCAAAGUCACCAGAUUUUCCACGUGUUUGUCGUUGUCGCCGCCUUCGUUCAUCAUCACGGACUGGCAAAACUGGCUGACUAUCGUCUGACAAUCGGUGACUGUCAACCCACACCCGGCGACUUGCAGGGUAUUCCAGCAUCCCAGUGGCAGUCCGUUCAUAUAGAGUUCCUGAAACCUUUUAUUCGUCCCUCAUCAUGAUGCGCAAUAGCUGAUGGUUUUUCUCUACUUUGUCGCUUUGCACAAUGAUUUGCAUUUCCUUUUAUCGAGUGCUUUCAAUCCAGAUCUGAUGACCUUACUCACACUAGCACUGAUCUUCCUGGUUCCCACUUUUUCGCCAACGGAUUUUGUUCAUUUGUGUAACUUUGUUCGAAAUGAAGUCAACUGUUGGGUAGCAUCUGUCACAGGGAGUUACUGUGUUGCACACGUCACUUUAACAGUUGAUACAUUUUAUUCACCUUUGUCGUUUUUUUCGACUGUAUUCUGUUCUGGUGCAUCUCGGUUCGGAUUCUGAUCUGUUGGUUACUCAGUUGGCUCCAGGAUUGCUUGUGUGGUUUUUGUGUGCUGUAUGCACGGUAUAAUUAUGGUCG